AUGCCACCUUUAAAGGUGCCACUGACGCUGAAAGAGGCAGCGCCAUUUCUUCAACGAGCACAAGAAGUCGAGAAAGUAGACCCUAUUAUUGCAUAUUGGUGUAAAUAUUAUGCGGCGCAGCUGGGCAUCGACAAGAUGAGUGGCAACACAGAGGCACAGUCGUUUCUUUUUUCGCUGAUGGACGACUUGGAGCAGCUUAAAUCGUCCCUAGAGAAGGAGGACGCCGUAACAAAUGAUACUGUGGGACAUGCCUAUAUCGAGAACUUUGCAUAUCAGGUGUUUCUCAAGGCAGACGAUCAAGAUCGGGCAGGGCAAGCGACUAGGGAGACAGCCCAUGCAUUUGUUGCUGCGUCAAAGUUUUUGGAGCUCUUAUCGAUCUUUGGCCCAUUGGAGGAAGAGGUCCAAUCAAAAAUCAAAUAUGCCAAGUGGAAAGCUGCACAGAUCUCGAAAGCACUACGAAGCGGUACGAAACCUACAUCGGGCCCGGCAGAAGAAGGUGAGCGUGCUGAUGAGGAACAAGUGCUUGCGCAAUUAAUUACACCCAUGCAUCUGCAGGAAGUACGUGCGCCAACGAGCCCUACAGAGGCACCAAUCGACGAAAGCGAGCGUUUUACGCUGCCAUCAGCACCAACUAUGGACGACAAAGAGUCUUCGCCAUGUGUUCAGAUCAUGACUGCCCAGUCUGACGAGGACGAAGCACCGAAACAGAUGAUUGCUAAGGCUUCUGUGAACAUGUUCCGUGGUGUCCAGCGUGCUGCUGGUGCCCGCUCGCUCUCGACCUCGGCUCUCCGUCGCAGCUACGAAGACACGAUCAAGAACAUUUACGUCCAGGGCGACUCUCGCAUUAUUUGCCAGGGCUUCACUGGUAAGACUGCCACGUUCCACUGUGAGCAGACUCUGGCUUUCGGUACCAACCUGAUGGGUGGUGUUUCGCCGAAGAAGGCUGGCCAGUCGCACCUAGGUCUGCCUGUGUUCGGCACGGUCCGUGAGGCUGCUGAAAAGACCAACCCGCAUGCGUCGGUCAUCUACGUGCCCCCGGCGGGUGCUGCUGAUGCCAUCAUUGAGGCCGUCGAGGCGGAGAUCCCGCUUAUUGUGGCUAUCACUGAGGGUAUCCCGCAGAAGGAUGAGAUCCGCGUCGCCAACGUGCUCAAGCAGCAGAGCAAGUCGCGUCUGAUCGGCCCCAACUGCCCUGGUGUGAUCAACCCGAUGGGCUGCAAGAUCGGUAUUAUGCCCGCGCACAUCCACAAGCCGGGUAAGAUCGGUAUUGUGUCGCGCUCGGGCACUCUCACGUACGAGGCUGUCAACCAGACCACGAACGUCGGCCUUGGUCAGUCGCUGUGCGUGGGUAUUGGUGGUGACCCUUACCCUGGCUCGACGACCAUCGACCUGGUGAAGAUGUACCUUGAGGACGACCGCUCGGAGGGUAUUGUGAUCAUCGGUGAGAUUGGUGGUAGUAUGGAGGAAGAGGCUGCUGAGUACCUGGAGAAGUACAACCUUACGCGCCCUGACCCCAAGCCCGUUGUGGCCUUCAUUGCUGGCCGUACUGCGCCGCCGGGCCGCCGCAUGGGUCACGCCGGUGCCAUCAUUAGCGGUGGCAAGGGUGGUGCUGAAGACAAGGUCCGCGCCCUUGAGAAGGCUGGCGCUGUGGUCGCCGACAGCCCUGCCAAGAUCGGAGAUCUGAUGCUUAAGGCCAUGAAGGACGCUGGUAAGGCUUAA